AUGAGUCCACAAAUAGAAGAAUACACGCUCAUCAAGUUCGAAAGAUCACAGAUCAGAAUAGGAGUCCAUGGCUACAUUCUUGCAAAGCUCAUUUCAGAGAGAGUUGACCGUGUUCUCGGAGAGAGACGGGCAGUGUUUUAUGCUAGCAGAGCAGAGGAUGAAAUGGAAGCUGUGGUCAAACUUCGUUUUCAGUUGCAAUCGAUGUGGCUGGAUGAGCCUAGAUCGUACGCCGACCACAUAGAGUGGGGAAAGAGGAUCUUUCAAGAUGAGGUCCACGCGCUUCAGCUCUUACAGCCACUUCGCGGAACGCCAAUCCUCUAUGACCAUGGCGUGCUACAACAGACUGACCGGCAUGAUUACCCUGGUGGGGUUAUUCACGCUAUUGCGAUGUCAAAAAUGCCCGGAAAACCUGCCACCGAGUAUGAGGAUCUAAGUAAUACGGAGCGUGCCUAUCUCAAGAGCAAGGUGAUACACAUUCUUGAAGACAUACGUCUUCUCGGCUGGGAGAUGGAUGAUGGUGCCCCCGACAAUAUUAUCUACGACCGCCUCACAAGAAAUGUUUCAAUCACAUGUGUUGCUUAUGGAACAGAUACAAAACCCACCGAAUCCCGGCCUAUAACGGAAAGAGAUGGCCUCGUCCGUAUUCUUGGGCAGAACAUGUGGUGGAUGUAA